UGGACACCAAAAAAUUUCAGAAAUUUUCUACCAUAUUAUCAUCCUUGUUUGUAUCACCUUUCUUUUGAAAUCUUCAAACUCUUUCAUGGAUCCUUCACAAAACUACAACUUCUUUCCAAAUUACUUCCCAAAUCAAGCUCAAAACCCAAAUAUACAACCUUCGAACCAAAACAUUGAAUGUCCGGAAGAUCCCAUGAAUACUGGAAUCCAUCCUAAUAUUCCACAACAAUAUAUGAUGCCACCCAACUUUGGCAUGCAAUACCCGUAUAACCAUCAUUAUAUGCCUUAUGGCUAUCCACCUAUCUCUGGAAAUAACUUUCAUGUCGCUCAUACCAACUAUCCAAACAGUGAACAACCAAAUAAUUUAAACACACAACGUUUCAGUAGUGGUUCAACUGAUAUUCCCGAUUUUUCUACACAAAUAUCUCUAGGGGAUGUUGAUGGGAAUACCCAAACCACUUUUCUUGCUCCAACCCAACAAUCAACCCGAAAAUCAUACGAUCCUUGGAGCACGGAGGACAACAAAGCUUUACUAAAUGGUUAUUUCCAUUUUAGUAAUGAUAGUGAAUUGGGGAGGAACCAAAAGGGCGACACUUUCUGGGGUAAAAUUGCAGAAUUUGUAAAUGACAAGUUUGAAGUUCAGCAUGCAGAACUAAGUGUAGUGGUUGGUCCGAUGAUAACUACGUGGAAAAGGCUUUAGAGUUGUACCGCGAUAAUGAAAAGCAAAGGUUUUCCUUGUUGGAAGAGUGGAAGAUGGUCCGUGACCAACCAAGAUAUAUGGUAGGAGCAAAUGAAUCUGGAAGUAGUGG